CUAAAAGUUGACGUAUUCCGCAGGCCUUGGUGGUGGAGUUGCCAAUUAUUACUAUUAUACUCUACUUAUCGCCGCACGCACCGUUGCAUAUCUACUUGACAGUCAUAAGUAAUAUCAUUUAGUCAUCUGAGACGAGUACACAUAAGCAAUAUGGGAAUUGCAAGAGGUCAGUCAAAAUUAUGGAAGCCUGCUCGCAAGACACGCUCGCUGUUCGACAGGCAGCUCGCUUCACCGAAGGAUUACAGGCUGCGUAUGAGCUCCGGUUGGACAAUAAGCGAUGGGACGUAUACAGCCGUGCCCGAAGAUCGAAGGACUAAGAAGAACGUACCGUAUCCGACCUACAUUCACCAGGCUUACCGGGCCACGUUCGGACUUAACACUCUUCAGCUUGCCCACAAUGCCCCGAUUACCUUAUGCGCCAUGGACGUCGCGACCGAUCACCUGUGGAAAUGCGCUCCCCCUUUUAUCCAGAGUGAGGUCAAUGUCCAUCCUCCAAACGGGCCCGCACUCUGGUCCCAAGACGAGAGCCAUCAGGAGGCGAUUUAUCAGGAGACGGAGCGCCAGACAGAGAAGAGAGGCAAGGACGUAUACGGGGAAUUCAAGACCAAACCUUGGGGUAUCUGGCCGCUCUGGGUGGAGGACCAGUGGGGGAGCGAUUACGUCCUGCUCGUCUGGUAUGCCGACGAUACGGACGCAUCUGCCAACUCCUUCGACACUGUCACGAUGGCUGCCCUGUACGACCCGCGCCGUUAUCCGCUGGGCGAUAAGGAUGGAAGGCAUCACCCGAUUAUCGAGCGCAAGGAGAGACUAGAGGGACAGGUACAGAAGUUCUUUAACCGCGCGGGCUUUGACACGUCUAGGUUGGUGUUCAAGGAGGGAAAAAUUAGCCCCAUGCCGCUCGACGAAACGACGUCGGGAGAGCGCUGCUUCGCGGCCGUCAAGGAAUUGCUGGAAUGCAUUAUGAACUACUACCUUGAUAUAGCCCAGGGAGCCCAACAGGACUUUUCGAAGGGCUUCUGGAAUCUCUCGCAGUGGGUCAACCCGUAUCAGUACCGCAUCGAGAUGACCGGUAUCAAUGCGUGGGUGUUGAUGGCAACGUUUGACUACAACGCCCGCAUCGCCGUCGAGUGUGUCGAGCCCGAUAUCAAGGCGGAGGUUGUGGUCGACGGUCAACGCCGAUUAAUUAGGCCUGCCGACCUUGCUGGUCCGUCUACCCCGCCGGAUGUUGCUGCAGACAACUAUCUUCUCUACCCAAGUCUCGAAUCAGAUCCCAAAUCAGCUUGAUGAGAUGAAGCCUGAAGACGAAAGGAUUUUCAGAGUUUCCUAACGAUGAGGACUAGAAUCUCGGGGUGGGCAACGGCGUAACUGGAGUUC